AAGUUGCAGACCGGAAAUUGGAAAAUUAGGGCAAGAUGGCAAAUUCGAAAAUUCAAACACCGGCGUAUCCAAGUGCAGCAAAACUUGCUGAUUCGGAUUGUUAUCCUCAAUACACUGCUUCGCUCAAAUGUUUGGAACAGUUUAGCUCUGAGAAGAGCAAAUGCCAAGAACAUUUUGAUGUUUACAAGGAAUGCAAGAAAAAGGAGAGGGAAGCUCGGCUGGAGCGCAAUCGAAGUCGAUCUUUAUUCUCAUGAGUCAUAAGAGAUUGAAGUUUAUAGUGCUAUCAUUAUGAACUAUUUAUAAGGCUAAUCACACUUUCAUGUAACUUAUUCCAAGAAGCAACUACAAUGUAGAUCCUUCAUGUUAGAAUCAAUGUGAUUGUGU